AUGAGCGGCUCCCCAGAACAAGGGUCCAAAGGUGAGGGAGAGGGGGAGGACAAAAUGAGAGAUGGCGAGGGUAGAGGAAUGGGGCUGGACAAUGAUGAGGAGGAGGAAGAGGAAGAGGAGGAGGAGGAAGAAGAAGAGGAAGAAGAGGAGGAGUUGAGGAAUGGCAGUCGCCCUGAUUCAAACUUAAGUGAGGACUCCCAAGAGUUCAGCCAAAACAGAGAGAAUGGGCAGAGGCAGUCCCCCGGUGCCAAAGCCUCGGGAGCGGACAGGAUCGUGGAGAGCGGUGGUGUGGGCAUCAUGCACCCGUACAACCAUCUGGACAAUCAUCUACGACUCAACUCUAACAAGAGAGGCCUGGACAGACAGACCAAUGGAGAUAGAGGAGAGCGAGGCGAACCACAGAGAAACGGAGAGCAUGAACAGGAAAGAGAAAGGAACGAGCAGGAGGAUCAGAGGCCUUUGAUGAACGGCAGGAUGAGUGUCUCUGAGGCAGACGCCUUCUCUGGCUUAUUCCAGCGCCGGCCAACUCCCAUUACCAUCACCAGCCCAUCCAACAACAAGAGGAUCAAGAUUGAGAAGGAACAGCUUGAGCUUCCCCCGACUAUUCCCCUCAUCUCCCCUGAGAAUGUGUACUCCCAGCUCCUGGCUGGUUAUGCUGCAUCUCGACACUUCAUUAGAGAACCCUUUCUGGGUUUCACUGAUUCCCGCCAGUCGCCGUUCGCCACCUCCUCGGAGCACUCCUCCUCAGAAACUGGAAGCCUGCGCUACUCAACUCCGCCAGGGGAAUUGAUGGAUGCAGGCAGCGCCUCAGGUCGCAGCAACAGCAGUACCCCUCAUCUCCUACGGGGGCCUGGGCCCGGCAGACCCCCCAGCUCCAAAGACCGGAGGAAUGACACGUGUGAGUACUGCGGCAAAGUGUUCAAAAACUGCAGCAACCUGACAGUGCAUCGGCGCAGCCACACAGGGGAGCGGCCCUACAAGUGUGACCUGUGCAGCUACGCCUGUGCACAGAGCUCCAAGCUCACGCGCCACAUGAAGACCCACGGCCAGUUUGGGAAAGAGGUGUACCGCUGUGACAUCUGCCACAUGCCCUUCAGUGUCUACAGCACGCUGGAGAAACACAUGAAGAAGUGGCACGGGGAACAUUUGAUGGCCAGCGAGGUCAAACUGGAGCAGGCCGAUAGAGGCUGA